AUGGCUCGUCCUCGUGCCCAUUCAGGUGCCGAUGGCCCGAAAGAGCCCCAUUCAGUUCUUUCUCGGCCUUCUCUCUCGUAUCAAUAUCCUCUCCCUACAGCAGAUACAAAAAUCUCAAAUGCCGCCUCGCUAAGCUAUCCCGCCGACAAUAUUGAUGACCGAUUUAUUCUCACUCCGAAUCUCACGCUUCCUCCUACCUUUGGAUCUGCAUAUGUUGGGGAAACCUUCGCUUGCACUUUAAGUGCAAAUAAUGAACUCCCAGAUGAUACAUCGCGCGUUAUUACGUCCGUGCGGAUAGUCGCCGAGAUGCAAACUCCGUCGCAAGUCUCAUCCCUCGAUCUUGAACCAGCCGACGACACAGUUCUUAAGGACGGACUGCAGAAAGGCAAUUCCCUACAAAAUAUUGUCCGAUUUGACUUGAAGGAGGAAGGCAAUCAUAUUCUGGCGGUGAGCGUCAGUUAUACCGAGACAUUGAUCGGGUCAGAUUCGCAAGCAGCCAGUGGACGAGUCAGGACCUUUCGCAAGCUGUACCAAUUUGUUGCCCAGCCUUGCCUUAGCGUUCGGACAAAGUCUUCCGAGUUGCCCCCAUUGGAGGUUGAGAACAAAUCUCUGGGGCCAUAUGGCAAAACUCGCCUCCUUCGGUUUGCUCUUGAAGCCCAGUUGGAGAAUGUAGGAGACGGGGCGGUGGUAGUCAAGCAAACACGACUGAACCCCAAGCCUCCGUUCAGAGCUAUAUCAUUAAACUGGGACCUCGAGCGGCCUGAUCACUCAGAUACCCCGCCGCCGAUAUUAAAUCCUCGGGAUGUACUACAGGUUGCAUUUCUGGUGGAGCAAGAAGAAGGGCGGCAAGAAGGGCUUGAAGCAUUGCAGAAGGACUUGCGACGAGAUGGCCGUGCGGUUCUAGGCCAGUUGUCAAUCGAGUGGAGGGGCGCGAUGGGAGAUAAAGGAUUCCUGACCACAGGGAAUUUGAUGACGCGAAGACGAGCAUGAAGUAGUUGGUCAUUUAUGUAGUGCAACUUAUUGCGCUGUGUAGCAGAACCUCCUUUUAACCAAUUAGGGAAAGACCUCGAACGACCCCCUUCUUGGGCCCACAAACGGCUAGAGCAGGCGGAUAGUCACCAUCAUCCCCUGCAGAUCGAAGCACCACCGCAAGCCCGGCGACCAGUCAGCCAUGCCAGCUGCGAACAAGUCUCCGAGGGUGGAUCAGCUCGGGACUAGUUGUGUUUCAACGAUGCGAUGCGAUGGUCUGGUGUGUCCCCUGCGGAGCGGUUACACUGUUUCGUAACUAGGGAAGGGUGUAUGUCACCCUCUUAAGGUCCCUAUUAGUUAACUAAUAAAGAUUUUAUAAUUAGAAACUGAAGCUCGUAGAAGCUUUGACUAC